GUGAGGGUCUCUCGCUGUCGGUCAUCGCUAUGCUGUUCACAGCACUGCGAGCCUCUGCAUGCGCUUGCAGUCACCAGAGAGAACAUCCUCGAGGCGAAAAAGCUCUGAGAAUAAACACACCUUCGCAAGUCUCCGCGGAAACAUGCGUCCCCUUACUCGUGACCGUUCAGCAGUCAGCACACCUUGUCUUGUGCUCUGCUCGCCAGCGAGAUAGGACACUCACAGUGGAGGCGGCGUCGGCGCAGAAAAUGGGUCUGUACACUGCUGGAUGUUUCUCAGUUUCUAGCCGAUCUGGCUGCCACAUUGUUUUCCUGUCCGGCAGGUUCCUCCAAUUGAUUGUUUUGGAGGAAACGCACAAACUAUGCGCCCGAGGAACAAGAGCAGCGGCGUGGCCAGAGUGGACCUCCAGUGAGGGGCGAUGCCUUGCCUUGAGCGAGACAGCGCGUUGACGCGACAAGCGUGCAAGCGCUUUUCUUCGUUGUUUUGACCAGGCACUCGUUUCUCUGUCGCAUCUUUGACAUUCUCUCUCUCACGUAGCAUUCCUUCCAUGAAAACUGAGACUAGUGGGCGUACCCGCGAGCUGCGUUCUCUAACAUGUCGCCCCUCCACAGCACCGCAGGUGACGUCGUUUCCUGAUCUCGAACUCAGGCAUUCGGAAUUCUUUAGGAAAAGCCGCGUCUCAGGACCUGCAGACGCCAUUUGUAUCGCCUUUUUGGGGCUAUCUGCCCCGGUUUUGGCCGUGUUAUCUCGCCGUGUCUGCGAGACUCGCGUGGUGUGGGGACGCGCAGCAAACGGCGCGUUUCCUGCGCCGCGGAACCUGCAGUGCGUUUUGACCUAGCCCUUAAACUAGAAGGCAUCUGAGCGUCUCCGCACGGUCUCCUUCGACGAAAAACAAAGACACAAGCGGAAAUGGCGACAAAUCCCGACCGGCAGGCGGAGACCUUGUCUCCAGGACACCAAGGCGAGGUGAAUGGCGCGAACCGGGACUCCUGGGCGCGAACCCUCGACAGCGAAAUGGCGACCAUCCUUCUCAGCGUCACGCUCUGUGUCUUCUCGGGAGUUGUUCUGCUCUCAGUACUCCGUCGGCAACGCGGAAGAAAGCAUUUCUGCGGUUCCCCGUUCUCGCUGAGCCGCGCUAAGAAAGCGCCUGAGCCGCUUGCAUGCGAGAACACGGGCGUCUUGUGCGCCGCGGGCUCCGACCUUUUUUCCUCGACUUCUGCGCCUUCUCUGGCGUCCCCUAGCCCGGAGUGUCUGCGCGAGAAAGCCUCUUCGACCCUUCAGGCGAGUGGCAUUUCUGGAGUCGAGUUCGCAGACGAACGAUCGAAGCAGACUGUCGGGGCCGCGGCUGUCGUGCGGCGUUCUGCGUCCUUCAUCAGCGGCGCGCGGAACCGGUCGGCGCUCUCUCUCGCGGCUUCCUUCUUCUCGUCAGGCGUCGGCACCUGGAUCUUCUACUGCCCCCCUCAACUCUCCUCUCUCUACGGCGUCUGGCCUGUCGUUCUCUACGCCGUCGCCAUCGCCUUGCCCCUGUGGAUCCUCAUGUACGCCGGGCCGAUCGUUCGAGAAGAAAUGCAGAGACACGUCGCGUUUGGACUCACCGACUACGUUCACCGGCGUUUCGGGCGGAGCAUGCAGAUCGUGACAGCCGUCGUGAGUUUUUUUUCGACGGUCAUGGCGAUGGCUGGAGAGUUGGCCUUUCUGGCUGCUGCGGCGCAGACUUUAGCUCCGUCUUUUCCGCGGCUCGCAGUGAUUCUCUCGGUUGCCAUGGUGACCUUCACGUACACGGCUUUCUUGGGCACGAACGCGUCUCUGGAGACGGACAACUUGCAGGGUAUUCUGUUGCCGUUGCUCUUGUUGAUCGUUCCCAUAUGCGCCUUCAUGCACUCGCAGGUCUCCCAGGAUGCGUGGAAAGCGGCGGCUACGUGGACAGCCGAAGGAGCGUCCUCGGGGGUCCUCAUGGUGCUUUCUUGUUGUCCGGCCUACGCCAUGGAUCAGGGCAUGUGGCAGCGAGUUAUGACCGGAAGCGGCUCGCGCGAGGUUCGCUUUGGCUUGUUCGGCGGUUCCUUGCUGGUUCUGAUGACUGUGAGCCUUCUGGGAGUGACGGGGAUCGUCGCGCGCGCCACUGCCGUGACUCUCGAGACUCAGGGUUUCACCGUCGACGAGGAUAGCCUGGUUGCGGCGCCCUUCUUCUUCCUCAUUCUGCCUUCCCUCUCUCGCGGCCUCGUCGCGGUCGUCUUCGUGCUCGCGGUUAUUCUUACCGUUGGGUCCGUGGACACGUUCCAGAGUGCACUCCCGAGUCUCGUGGCCGGGGAGCUGAACACCAAGGGCGUCUCGUUCGACUGGGCGCUCCUGGUCUCUUUCAUCGCCAACUUCCCUGCCGUCCUGCUCGCGUACCACUGGACGGAAAGUUUCAUUCAACUCCUCCUGAUCGGCAACCUCCUCACUGCAGCAAUCUUCCCGCCCAUCUUCCUGGGUCUUUGGAAACGGACUACGGCUCUAGGCAGCGUUGUAGGCUCCAUCGCCGGAGUCGCCAGCAUCUUCUUCUCUGGCUUGCUCUUCACCGGCGGAGACUUGUCGAUGGCUGCGCGGUGGAUCGUUCUUCCCCUCGGCAUGGGUGACCCGACUGCUGUGUACACAUUCCUUACAGUCCCCGUCACUGCAGCUCUCAUCACGAUCUGUGUGUCUGUUGUCCUGCCGCGAAACACCGCGUCGCCUUGCGAACGCAUCGAGUCUAGCCUCGGUCCCAGAGCCGCUACUGCCGUUUGAGGUGGGAUGAAUCCAGCAGGAAAGACACGCGUUUCCUUCCACGCAAUCGUGCGUGGCUGCGUCGCACGCAGCCUGUGUCGAGAGUACACGGGGACUGUGCUGCGUGGAGUGUGUCGACCAAGCAGCGCAGACCGGAAAACGAGAGUGGCGGGUGAAGACUAGGAAAGAGAGAAACAGAAACGAAGACGGCCCCGAGAGCCGAAAACUGUUCAGAUCAAAGUCUUGUCUUGAAAAUUCGCCAACAAUCAAAUCGCACCGGGACUGGAAGCGAGCCGGUGCUCCAGGUGGGGCAGCCCAAUCGCCACGCCGUGUUUAAAGAGUGUGACGUCGACCGGGAGAGUCAAGCAACAGAAAAGGGGCUGCGAAGGCAUUCCGAGCAACUUUUGAAGCUGGACACGCGGUGCCGUGUUAGGAACGGGGCGUUGGAGACGGUUACAAAGGUCAGCCAGUGAUAUCCGUUAGCAAGGCCGCGCAGAGCGGGACCCUUGUCAGACGGGGGGUCGCUAAAUCACGCCUCGUGCGAACAUGCCAACAGAAACACGAAAGCGUUUUCCGCGGAGCAGGGAAAAACCAUGGCGGACUUGGAGAUGCCAGAGGCAUGAAUAUAUAUCCGAUUUUCAGGUCAAAAAGGAAGGAAUGUGCCAUAAUACUCACGGAUGUCGACCCCGUGCUAAUGAGGAACUCUGGCGAGGGGGAAACCUGGCUGUCACGAAGAAACAGGUUUUCGCGGGGAUGCCCGUGAAAGAAAUUGAAGACAACACUUCUUAACUGUGUACCUAAGGGGUUCCAGCGUCCGUUGUCGCUUCGGCGUUUCCAGAGUUGCCGUUGCAGAACGAAAAAGAACACUGUGGAACGGUUGAUGUUUUGCGUUGCUUGCUGUCAGUCCACGGUCCUCUUAAUGGCGUGGCCACUCAUCAAUCGCAAGGGAAUCUUGAGUCUCCGAGCCGCAGCACGUCAAAACCGGGAAGCACGGUGGGGACAGAAGAGUGUCCGUUUUUGUGUCGGCGUAUCACCGCCCCGAAGAGCCACGGCAGUUCCCCGAAAGCAAGUGUGCAACCGUUUUGACAUUUUCUUAUCCUCCGCUGGUGUCUGCCUUCGUCUCGUCGCUUGUCGGGCUUCUCCGCGCAAGAGAACGUUCCCAGACAAAAUGGAGAAUUUGAGAUCCGCAGGAUGUUUUCCGACGCAGUGCGGCUAUGGUGUAAGGGUGCCCAAGACAUCAUAUGCCAUUUUGUCAAAGACGGUGCGGACAAGCGCAGUGUUUUUUUUCAAAAGAAGUUUACAUGUCCCCAGUAAACUCCAGUUUUUCUACAGAGGCAACGGGAAAUGGUGCCCGUGAGGGGUGCCAACGCGUCUGAUCGUCUUCUUUCAAGGUGCGUGUCUUUAUUUUCUUUUCUUUUGAGUGCUUCCGUUUGGCCGCAUCACGCUUGUCUUUUUGUAGAUGCGCAUCUCCAAUUUACUAAAAGAUUGUUACCACCGGUUUCUAUCGAUGUAUUGUGCCGAGAGAGAAUAGUGCGCUGAAGCUUGCAUAACGCGAAUCCCCGUAGCGCAGAGACGGUGCGAACAUUUGCUUUUAUCCUCCUGCGUACGUGAAGUAGAAAAUGGGG